AACUUGACGCAUGAGGCUCUUGUUUGCCUUAAAUUUUACUAGAAGCUGUAAUGUCCACAAUUGGCUGUCACAGUUCUUGUUAUCCUCUUUUUCUCAGGUCAUAAGAAGAAAAUCCUAAUUGACGCCUCAAUAAUACUUUUAAGCUUUCGCUCCCCCUAAUUAAACCCUCCCGGACACUAUUCAAAACUAAAGUCAAAACCUCGCUCCUCUUCCUCUAGUAGUAUCAUUAUCAGGUUAGUCUUCAAAAUUAUAAGUAAUUGCAGGAUAGGAUACCAUGAGCAUAUCGACCCACCACUACCAGUGUAGCUGGCCCCUCAGAUUUCAGGAGCAUCUUACCAAAGGAAGCAUUAGUAAGGUUCCAUUUUCAGGAUACCCUUGUUCAGAUUCUCUUUGCAGAGGCGUUGGUUUACUUAAUGUUGGAUACCAUCAAAGUUCCAGGAAAUGGGGGCCCAUCUUUUCCGCUGGAGUGAAUGACAGUAUGAGUCCUGAUGAUUCGGAUGAAACUGAUAACAACAAAUGUCACAAUAGUGAAAUGGGAGGGGUGAAUAGUGAAUUUCUAAGAGAAAAUCUGGAGAAAAUAGUUGGUAUGGAUGAUUCUAAAUUUAGUGGGAUUGACCUUGCAACUCUUAUUAGGGACAAAUAUGGAAGGUCUUAUGAUGUUCAACUGAUAAAAAAGGAAUUCAUGGGAAGAAAUCUUCUUGCCUUGAAUGUCAUGUGGAAGUACAUGGAGCAGAGAUCAUUCCCAUUGAGUGAAGAAGAGUAUAUAUUGAGGCUUGAUGACAUAGCAAACACAUUAAAGUGUUGGGGAGCUGUGUCACAUAUACGGAACAGCCUAGCAAAGUCAAAAGAACGGCCUCGCAUCGGAAAGGCCGUAAGCAUUUUCAUAGACAUGGAUGAGUCUGGCGCUCGUGCUAAUGAAUGGAUCUACAAAUAAAUUGAGCUGAACAAUGGAUUGAGCUGAUGAAGAUGAUGUGAAGCAGUAGCACCACUAGUCGAUCUUGGGGGACAAAAUCUCCAGAAGAAUCCUGUUUAAAGAGAGGCAGAUAUAUAUAUAUAUAUAUAUAUAUUUUGGGCGGUGGUGGGGGGAAUUCGAAUUGAAUCCACAGAAAAGUAGAGGAUGGAAAUUCACUAUUGCUAUUGCUAAUUAUGGGUGCUAUAGGAGGAAGAGAGAUACAUUCCCCUUUUAUACACAUACAAUAUAUACACACACAUAUCCCUUAUUACAAUUUGAUAUCCUUUUCAUCUUAA